CGACUCUUUAUUGUCGGGACGCAGAACAAAAGUGAAAAUGGCGUCUCUAGGCCAAAUCACCCUGCCACGCGCGCCGUCAUCGGAGAUUGGCCUCUUACGGCGUGGAUUGGAUCGGCCGAGUAUCAGAAGCCGAAUCGGAUUCAAUGGUGGGAUUGGGAGCGUAUUGAGAAACGCAGGGGAGCAAGCAGGGGUGUGGGCAAAAGCGAGUGUGAGCGAGAAGGUGAUGGAAGAGGAGGGCAAAGUCCUCGUGGGUACCUACGCGCGUGCUCCGGUGGUGCUCUCAAGUGGGAAAGGUUGUAAAUUGUUUGACCCAGAAGGGAAAGAGUAUCUUGAUUGUGCAUCUGGGAUUGCUGUGAAUGCUCUUGGCCAUGGAGAUCCUGAUUGGCUUCGAGCUGUCACCGAACAAGCUGGUCUUCUUGCCCAUGUCAGCAAUGUCUAUUACACCAUACCUCAGAUUGAGCUCGCGAAACGCUUGGUGGCAAGUUCUUUCGCAGACCGGGUAUUCUUUUGUAACUCUGGAACAGAAGCCAACGAAGCAGCCAUCAAGUUUUCGAGAAAGUUUCAGAGAUUCACCCAUCCCGAAAACAAAGAAGUCGCGACAGGCUUCAUCGCCUUUACAAACAGCUUCCAUGGUAGAACCUUAGGAGCUCUUGCCUUGACAAGCAAAGAACAAUACAGAACUCCUUUCGAACCCAUCAUGCCAGGUGUAACAUUCUUGGAAUACGGUAACAUUCAAACGGCCACUGACCUUAUCCGCUCAGGUAAAAUAGCUGCAGUGUUUGUGGAACCUAUUCAAGGAGAAGGAGGGAUCUACUCUGCUACAAAAGAGUUUCUUCAAUCUCUGCGCACUGCUUGUGAUGCUGCUGGAUCUCUUCUCGUCUUCGAUGAGGUACAAUGUGGUUUGGGUCGAACGGGUCUCAUGUGGGCUUAUGAAGCAUUCGGUGUAACUCCUGACAUAAUGACGGUUGCAAAACCUUUAGCUGGUGGUUUACCUAUUGGAGCGGUGCUUGUGACUGAAAAAGUUGCAGAGACCAUAAACUACGGAGAUCAUGGAAGUACAUUUGCAGGCAACCCUCUUGUGUGCAAUGCAGCAAUUGCAGUUCUUGAUAAAGUAUCGAAUCCCUCUUUCUUGUCCAGUGUCUCAAGUAAAGGUCGAUACUUUAAAGACCUGUUGGUGAAGAAACUUGGAGGAAACUCACACGUGAAGGAAGUGAGAGGUGAAGGGCUUAUCAUAGGAGUGGAACUCGAUGUGCCGGCAAAUUCACUGGUCGAUGCUUGCCGAGAUUCGGGUCUUCUGAUUUUGACAGCAGGGAAAGGAAAUGUCGUCAGGAUUGUUCCUCCGUUGGUUAUAUCAGAAGAGGAAAUCGAACGUGCGGUUGAGAUCAUGUGCCAAAAUUUGACUGCGCUUGAUUAAGUGAGACUCUUGUAAGAGAAAUGAUGUGGGAUUGAAGAACAACAAAUGUUUCAUAUUCGAUCUUGUCUUAAAUUAGCCUCAAGUGUACCGGUAAAUGCUCUGCAAAAUUGAAAAGAGAUAAAAUUUGAAAGACAAUUAAUGGACUAAUUGGCGUUUCAA